GCGAGCCGCAAGAAAUUCAGUCAGUAGUUGUAAAAUUCGGCUACUACAAAGCUCUCGCGGGCCUCCCCAUCUCCCCUCCUCUCUCCCUCGCAGGGUCUCACCGCCCCUUCAGAAUUACCCCCGCCACCACCUACCUUCACCCCUUCACUGCGCUUCGUUUUCUUAAAAGGAGUAUGGGAAGCAAUGUUGUUGGUGAAACUACGAACUGUGGUGAGGCUGGUGGAUCUGAAACAACUAUUGAGAUUAAGAUAAAAACUUUAGAUUCAGAAACCUAUACUCUCAGAGUGGAUAAACAGAUGCCAGUCCCUGCAUUGAAAGAACAAAUUGCUUCUGUAACUGGUGUGUUAUCAGAACAACAACGCCUUAUAUGUCGAGGAAAAGUUCUCAAGGACGAUCAGCUCUUGUCUGCCUACCACGUUGAAGAUGGUCACACCUUACAUUUGGUUGUCAGGCAGCCUCUUCCCCUAUCAGAGACAUUGUCAAAUCGUUCAGAGACUGAUCCAAAUUCAAGUACAAGUCGUGUUCAUAGCAAUCAGGUGGCUCCGGGUGUGGUGAUUGAAACCUUUAGUAUGCCUGUUCAAGGGGAUGGUGCGUCCCCGGAAAUCAACAGGAUCGUAUCUGCCGUUCUCAGUUCAAUCGGACUUUCAACUUCUGGAACGGAUGUUGUCAGGGAAAUUGACCAGCUAAGAUCUGGAGAACGCGUGAUCGCGGCUGGGGUGAUAGAUUUGAGCCAGCAUCAAUCUGGUGACGAUGGCCCGAGGCUUCUAUCUGAUAGGUUUCAUGGCACUUCUAGACAUCCGUCGAUUCCUUCUUUAGGGUCGUUUCCUCCUCCUGCGAUUCCUGAUUCUUUGACGACGUUGUCUCACAACCUCAGUAGCAUGAGGCGUGAUUUCGAAAAUAUUGGCAGGGUCGGACGAAAUAAUUCUCAAGAAGCUAAUACUCAUGGGGCUGCUGAGGAAAGCAACUCUAAUUCCUCAUCUCGGCCGAGCACCGCCCAAGAGAGCUUCCCUACUCCUGCAUCGUUGGCUGAAGUCAUGCUUUCUACUAGACAGAUGCUUAUAGAGGAAGUCUCGGCCAGCCUAUUCCAACUUGCAAGGCAACUGGAGAAUCACAGGAACGUUACCGAUCCUACACUACGGAUGAAUACGCAGUCUUCUGCAUGGAGAAGCGGAGUUCUAUUUAAUAACCUAGGUGCAUAUCUUCUCGAACUCGGUCGCACUAUGAUGACGGUGCGAAUGGGCCAAAAUCCUUCCGAAGCUGUUGUGAAUGCAGGACCUGCAGUUUUUAUUUCGCAAACUGGUCCGAAUCCCAUAAUGGUUCAGCCUCUUCCCUUUCAACAAAAUGCAAGCCUUGGUCCAGUUCCCAUGAGAGCCAUGCAGCCUAGCUCUGCACUAAUUCAUGGUCUUGGUUCGGGAUUUCUCCCAAGACGUAUCGACAUACAAAUACGAAGAGGUUCAUCGACUACGGCACCAAACGGUAAUCCGGAGGAACAACGCAGUGGAGCUCAGCAGCCUUUGGGGCAACAACAAGCAGCCAGAGGCGCGAGUGAAAAUCCCACCGGUCAAGCAGCCAGAGGCGCGAGCGAAAAUCCCACCGGUCAAGCAGCCACUAGCGCGAUCGAGGGCCCAAGUAUGGAAAGAGAAUCCGGAGUGCGAGUGAUGCCUAUUAGUAGCAUGGUUGCAGCAUUACCCGGGACCUUUAGCCACUUACCUUCAGAUUCUUCUGGUAAUUCAAUUGGGUUGUACUAUCCUGUUCUUGGAAGAUUGCCUCACCCUGCUUCAGGAAAUGCAAGGCCUGAGCUAGGAAGUCGGGCUUCAUCAGAGCAUCGAUCUUCUGACCUCCAGAGUGAUCAGCAUACAAUGCUCGAAUCUGUUGCGGAACAGCAAAAUGUAGAAGAAGCUGCAAGAGACGAUGGGAUCCAAAAUAACAUGGAAUCUGAAGGACAUGUUCCAAGCAACGUUGUCCAGUUUCUUCAAACUCUCUUUCCUGGUGGUGAAAUCAACAUUGAAGACGGUAGUUUCCAGGAAAUUAGUGGUUCUGCUGUAAAUGUACAAGAAUCAGAACCAAGAACUACCGGUGAAGGAAUGUUCUUGUCCAACUUUUUUCACCAAAUCAUGCCGUUCACAUCUCGACGAGGCAAUGAAUCAAACGUGCCUUCAGGAGAGGCAAAUACUUCCGAGCGUCGAAACAUAUCAGAUUCGUCUGCACAAGCUUCAUCAAAUGGGGAUGCUGAGACGUCACGCAGACGAACUGAUGGUGAAGCAGGUGCUCCAAGCUCGAAACGUCAAAAGAAAGAUUGAGAUUAUGGGAUCUGAAAUGCACCUCCAAACUUCUUGGAACACUGCCACGAAGCAGAAUCAAUAGUGGAAGCAUUCUACACCUCCAAACUUCUUGGAACACUAUUUCGUUCUCGUUUUUGCUCUUCAACCCCCCGGCCCCGCCGUGUACGAUACCGUGUGACAUUCCCUAUUUUACCCCUUGCCUCGUCGCCCGCCCCCUCGCCCAGCUUGUGGAACCCAAAGAAGUGAAAGAAAGCAUUCUUCAAACUAUUAGCUGAUAUGCAGCAGGGUGUGCUCUGCUCCAGUUGAGUUUCAUAAUGUUUUUCAGUUAAGAGAGCGCCAACAUUGAUUUUCCCUUUGCAUUUUUACCUUUUUUUGAAGUUACAAUUAUGAAAUGGAGAAGAAGUGAAGUAAUUGCACGGAUGUUUGUAUCCUUUUUACAUUUUUAGUUUAUUAUCUAUCUUCAUAUAUGUCAAUUGGGAAACACCAACGCGAUCGCAUCGAAAA